AUGAAUAAAGAAAAUAUUGUUCCUGAAACCAUCGAACUUCCUAGCCAGGAAAAAUCUGGAAAGGAAAUCGCGCAACAUGUGAAUCAAGACGAAUUCAAAUACUUGAAGCAAGUUGAGCAAAUUUUGCAAGAAGGCUCUCGUCGAGACGAUCGUACCGGAACGGGAACCAUCUCGAUUUUUGGAAUGCAAUCGAAGUAUAGUUUGAGAAAUGACACAAUCCCACUGCUGACAACGAAACGAGUCUACUGGAAAGGUGUUCUUGAAGAGCUUCUCUGGUUCAUUUCUGGGUCCACCGAUGGAAAAUUAUUGAUGGCGAAAAAUGUCAAGAUUUGGGAGAAGAACGGUGAUCGUGCGUUCCUUGACAAUUUGGGAUUCACGUCUCGCGAAGAAGGAGAUCUCGGACCGGUUUACGGAUUCCAAUGGAGACAUUUCGGAGCUAAAUACGUGGAUUGUCAUACGGAUUACACUGGACAAGGUAUUGAUCAGCUAGCUGAAGUCAUUCGACAAAUCAAGGAAGAACCGGACAGCAGAAGAAUCAUUUUGUCGGCGUGGAAUCCAUCGGAACUCGGGCAGAUGGUUCUACCACCAUGUCAUACAAUGUGCCAGUUCUACGUGGAUAACGGAGAGUUGUCUUGUCAGCUAUAUCAGCGAAGUGGAGACAUGGGCCUCGGAGUGCCGUUCAACCUUGCCAGCUAUGGUCUUCUGACCCAUAUGAUUGCUAAGGUGUGUGGAUUGAAAGCUGGAACUCUUGUGCACACUCUCGGCGACGCCCAUGUCUACUCGAAUCAUGUGGAUGCAUUGAAGACUCAAAUGGAACGAGAACCGUAUGCAUUCCCGAAAAUUCGAUUCACACGAGACGUCAGCUCGAUCGACGAUUUCACUUCUGACAUGAUUGUUCUCGAGGACUACAAGUGCCACGGAAAGAUUGUCAUGGAUAUGGCUGUUUAA